CCACCAUCUCCUCAUCCACUCCACUCUCUCCUCUCUUCUCAUCUCUCCGCACGGCUUCCUCGAAGCUCACCAAUCCUCAACCCCACCUCUCCCGCCGUGGCACCGCGCAGCCGUCGCCCGCUCUCGCCCUCCGCCUCCCUCGACGACGGACCUCCGCCCCCGAAGCGGCACCGUCCUGAGCCAAUGCCCAUGAGAAUCGAGCCCGCCGCUCAUUUCCAGAACGGCAACUCGCACCCGAAGCAUCCUCUCAAGUCGCUCGGACAGUCUUCUACGUCUUCGUCCUCCAGCUCAAGCUACGCUCUCGGCGGCGCAUCCGCUGACGACUCUGACCAUGACGACUACCACGGCGUCUCCCGUCUCGAGACCACGCGCCUCAUGAUCCAAGCCCUCCGCGACCUGGGAUUUGCCUCCUCCGCCGCCGCGCUUGAGCAAGAGUCCGGCUGCACGAUCGAGUCCCACGAGGUCUCCGAGUUCCGCACCGCGAUCCUCGCCGGCCACUGGACCGUCGCCGAGCGCAUCCUCGGCGCGCUCGAGCUCAAGCCCGGAUCGGACGUCAUCCGCCUGAAGUUCCUGAUCCGCCAGCAAAAGUUCCUCGAACUGCUCGAGCAGCAACAGACCAUGACCGCGAUCUCGGUCCUGCACAACGAGCUCACGCCGCUCAGACACGACCAGCACCGGCUGCACGACCUCUCGAGCCUCGUCAUGUGCUCCUCCGCCGACGACAUCCGGCAGCUCGCGCACUGGUCCGGCGUCGACGGCGACUCGCGCCAGGAACUGCUCGCAAACCUGCAGGACCACAUCUCGCCCGUGAUCAUGAUCCCGGACCACAGACUCGCGACCUUGCUCGGCCAGGCGGCCGCGUACCAGGAACUCAAGUGCACCUAUCACAACUACGCCGGCCGGCUCUCGCUCUACACCGACCACAUCUGCCCGCGCUCUGAGCUCCCGACCGUCACCUCCCAAAUUCUCUCCGACCACAUCGGCGAGGUCUGGUUCAUCGCCUUCUCAAACGACGGCACGAAGCUCGCGUCCGCAAGCAAGGAUCUCACCGUCAUCAUCUGGGACAUCAAGACCUUUGAAAAGAUCCAAGUCCUCAAAGGCCACGCCGACCACGGCGUCACCUCCCUCGCCUGGUCCCCUGACGACCAGAUCCUCAUCACCUGCGGCUACGACCGCUGCGUCAAGCUCUGGGACGUCACCACCUACGAAUGUCUCGAGACCCUCGACUUUCAAGAAUCCGUCACCUCCUGCGCCUGGGCCUCCUCAGGCGACGAGUUCCUCACCGGCAGUCUCGACAUGGCGAAAGCAAUCUCCGUAUACUCCGCCACCGGCCGCGAGCUGCACCGACUCUCCGGCUUCCGCGUCUACGACCUCGCGCUCACCCCGGACGGCAAGAAAAUCGUCGCCAUCUGCAACGAAAACCGGCUGCGCAUCUACUCGCGCGCAGACUACAAGCUCAUCGCCGAGAUCCAGUUGCAGGCAAUCAUGACCUGCGUGACCAUCUCCAAGGACUCGCGGUACGCGCUCGUAAACAUCUCCGCAAAGGAAAUCCAUCUCUGGGAUAUCGAAAAGAUCCAGCUCGUGCGCAAGUGCGUCGGUCAGCAGCAAAAGGACUUUAUCAUCCGCUCCUGCUUCGGCGGCGUCGCAGAUAACUUUCUUGUUUCGGGAAGUGACGACGCAAACGUCUAUAUCUGGAGACGCCAGGAUGGUAUGCUCAUCGACGUCUUGCCAGGCCACUCUAAAGGCGUCAACUCGGUCGCGUGGAAUCCGGUCGAUCAGCAUAUGUUUGCGUCGGCUAGCGACGACAAUACAAUCAGGAUAUGGACCAGUGAUGUUUGAGCAGUUUCUUUAGUUUGUUGUCAUUUUGGUGUGAUUCUGUUAUUUCUAUGCUGUUUAGUUCGGUUACGUCAUUAUGUGGAGGGCGCUCGGGUUCAAUAUAUAUCUUUACA